UGUCACGUGAAGCUCUGUAUCAUGUGACUGGAGUAGAUGCAAAAUGGCGGCCACGGGAGAGGAGGCUGCUGAGAUGGACUGCAUCUCAAGAGUUUCCUUGGCCCAUCCCACCGUCCUCAGCCUGGGAGGGAGCUCAGAACCCCGGGGAGAGCCUGGCGAGACUGCCUCUGAGGGCCAGGAGGUUGUGACUGCGGCGCCCAAGAAGCCCAUCAUCAUCAACAGCAGUGACGGUGGGGUGGAGACUGCAGAGGAGGCCGUGGAGCCAGCAGAGCCAGACAUCAAUGAACUCUGUACAGACAUGUUCGAUAAGAUGGCUGUCUUCCUACAAGGAGAACUCACUGGCACCUGUGAGGACUACCAUCUACUGGAGAACAUGAACAAGCUGACCAGUCUGAAGUACAUGGAGAUGAAAGACAUCAGCAUCAACAUCAGCAGGAACCUGCAGGACCUCAACCAUAAGUACGCCAGCCUGCAGCCCUACUUAGACCAGAUAAAUCAAAUAGAGGAACAAGUGUCUUCUCUGGAGCAGGCUGCUUACAAACUGGACACCUACUCCAAGAAACUGGAGGCCAAGUUCAAAAAACUGGAGAAGCGAUGAGGAGGAGGAUUAUGGAAGGAGGAAGUUGUUGGAGGCCUGAGGGUUACUGGUCCUCCUUCACCCAAGCUGUAGACCAAACCUAACAUAUAUGAUCUGAGGAAGCAGACCCACACCUCUACAACAUAUGCCUGAUAUAGAGAGGAAUGGGGCACCCUGGGGUUGGUCGGAGGAAUAUCCCAGAUGUUACACCUAGCAUUAUCAUUUUGGUUGGAUCAUUUAAGUUGCAUCUUAAUACCAGGUAUAGAUGGCGCUUUGGGUAGUUUGUGUCCAUAUUCCUGUUGGUAACAUUACAGGUCACUCUGUCAGUCCUGUCAAAAUUGCAAUUCACUUCCUGGAUUUAAUGAGUUUAUCCUGAAUUGUCCCCUGCUGGGUGCACACAACUGUAGAAUCACCACCCUCCUAACCUAGAAGUUAGUUACACAGAUGACAACCAAAUUCACUUUGACUGAAGGACUUGAUCUUCUUUAAAUGUUUUCCUGUGCUGCUGGCAUCACUGAAUUAACAUGAAUUACUGAAUUAACAUGACAAAAUGACCUUUAUAUUUUGUUGAUUUGGGUGAAUGCUACGGUCUCUUAAUCAUUGUCAUACAUGUGAUUGUAGCAUGUGUAAAAUGUAUCAUCUAAAAACAUUAACUUUGAACUGAAAAUACAUUUAUCAAAAAAACUGUCAUUUCACCAGCAGAUGGCAACGGUACUCCAUGUUCAUACUGCAAUCCUGUGUGUGUGUGUUUGUAAGAUUUGGGGUACAUUUAAUUAAUCAGAGACAGUGUGGUGAUGAUCUCCCAGAGAACAUUAUUGAUUCACAUGACAUUUAGACAGAAAUAUGCCCUGGAACCUAAUCAACACACAGAUCCCCCCCAUUUGUAUUUCUUUUAUUUAACGAGGCAAGUCGGGGGGAGUCCUAACCAUCCACACACACAGACUACCGCUACAACCAAACCCACACUCAGAAUCCCUCUAGUGCCCUAAACAACUACAGAAAUAUAAUUCUAUUGGUCACAUGCUUUGUAAAAAGUGUACACUAACAGUGAAAUGCUUACUUACAGGUCCUUCUCAACAAUGCAGAGAAAGAUAAAUACAAGUAAUAAUAAAUACACAAUAAAUAAUGAUAACUUGGCUACAUACACUAGGUACCAGUAGCGAGUCGAUGUACCGGGUAGAUAUGUACAUGCAUUGCCUUCAGAAAGUAUUCCUAUCCCUUGACUAUUUCCUACUUUUGUUGUGUUACAGCCAGAAUUCAAAAUGGAUUUAAAUAAAAACAAUUAUUGUGAUCAGACAGCCUUAGACUGACCUCAUCACCAUUUUAAAGGUCUUUAGUUGAUAUUAUCUAAGAUGCUUAAAGUGUGGUUUAUAUAAAGUGUACUAGUCCGUUGCCAUGCAUAGCUAUCUACCAGUGUAGGUGUUCCUGCCCUUUAUUGUUUGCUACUGAGUUGGUUGUUCAGGUUUAAGCCAGGUGUGCUGCGUUAGAUAAUUAGCGUGUAGUUCACCCAUGCUUUGUUCUGUUAGAUCACAGGCGUCAAAUUCAUGCCAUGGAGGGCCGGCCAAGUGGCAGCGGGUUUUCGCUCCUCCCUUGUACUUCAUUGAUGAAUUAGGGUUGCUAAUUAGUAAUGAACUCCCCACACCUGGUUGUCUAGGGCUUAAUUGAAAGUAAAACCCCAAAACCUGCAGACACUAGGCCCUCCAUGGAAUGAGUUUUACACCCCUGUAUUAGAUGUGGCACUGUCUUGUAAACUAAGUGUAAAUGACUAAAUAUGGUUAUUUAAGCUAAUGAAUGCCAGUAACUUCAAUCAUAGUUUCCAUCCUCUUACCUGGUCUAAUUAACAAAGUAAAGUCGUUGUCAUUAAAUGCUCAUUCUCAUUGUUUAGCACGUGUGGGCGGAGUUGAGGUGUACAGUGAUAAAUGCUUUCCUUUUUUACCCUGUGCGCCAUAGCAGUUUGUUGCAUCAUGUAUGUACAGGCAGUUGCUUUAGGACGUUGUAGACUCUUUAGUUCUGCUAAGGGGACAGUUGGACUCUGUUUAAAACUGGAAAAAGGGGUAAUCCCAAGAUAUGUUUUAGUAUUUAGGCCUAGUAUUAGCUGCAGUAGGAACCCUAUUGAGGGGCUGAGCUUUACACUUGCCAUCGUCUGUCAUUUUUAUGAGUUUUUGUAUCAUUAAUGUUGCUGCUAUUGACAACUGUUUGAGACAAACCAUGUAUCCUGAAAUCCUGCAUCUGUAAUAUAUUAAAGUAUUACUUUGUAUCCUC